AUGCGACGCGUUCUUCUCCCAACGGUGACGGGUGCGUCUCGUCGAAUUCGAUGGCUUGCGGGUCGAUGGGCCGUGCGAGGUCUCUCCACCGCCCCCGACACCGCAAAGGAUACCACGAAGUUGGCUGGGUUUGAGUUUUCCACUCCGAACUUUUCCCUUGACGGUGGAGUAGACGUGGGUGCGGACGACGUCGUGAAGGAUUUGGUCACAAGCCCCGUGACAAGCCUUGAUUUCCUGCGUGACGUGUACGGCCCGUGGCUGGUGCUGACGGAGGACCUGCAAGAGGAGUUGUUCAUUGACCAUGACCGCAUGGUGUACCUGCGGCCGGCGAACGGACUCGGAUUUGGCGUUGGUCGCAUGGAGGUGGCGGACUCUGGCCCUUCCGGCACAGCCUUUUCACUCCAAUUGGAGUCCUACACGUACCCGGUGACGAGCGUCCUGGCGCCCUACACCCCCCUUGCGCUGGAUGUGACCGGCCAGUUGAAGCGUGUGGAGUCCAGCUCCGGUGAAUACGCGACCUUCUCACUGGUCGCGACGUGGCGUAAGAAGGACGGGACAAGCGGCAAGUUUAACGCCGCAAAACUAUCCCCGUGGGAUCCUGCCACAAGUGCAAAGCCGUGGGAACCCAAGGCGGAGCUGCAGCGCAUAUUUCAGGAGGUCUUUCCCAAGCCACUCGUACUCACAUCACAUUUACGGAGGUCGCAGGCGGCGCGUGAGGCGAGCGGUGCGGAUCUUCAUCACAUGUCACUGGAGCCCUAUCACGUGGGUGAUAUUCCUGGUCUUUACUACAUCCCCGACUACAUUUCGGAGGAGGAGGAGCAGCAAAUACUGCAAACUGUGCGAGAUACACCAAAGGAACUGAAGACGCAACUGCACAAACGCAAGGUGCAAGAAUGGGGAUGCGUCAUGUGUGAAGAGUGCAACAAGAGCUUUGUUUCUGACUGGAACAUGCCACCGUGGGUGGCUGCCUGUAACGACAUGCUGCUACACGAUGGUAUAUUUACCCCGAGCACGUUUCCCAACAGCGUUCGCGUACACGAGUAUCAGGUUGGUGAGGGUAUCGGGGCACACUGUGAUGGGCCUAUUUACUUUCCACUUGUCUCUGUCUUGUCGCUUAACUCCCCAUGCGUCAUGUUUUUUUACGCCCGACGGGAGCCCUAUAUGCAGCCUAUGGAGCACUAUAAUGAUACCUUCCGCUUUGACACUGGCAUAGCUGUGGAGAAGCCUGUGCAGUGUGUUGUAAUGGAGCCCCGCUCGCUUAUGCUGUUCCGUGGUGAUGCGUACUACUAUCAUCCACACGGCACUUCGGAUCAUGAGGUGGACGAUUUAUCGCCCGAGGUCGCAGGGAAAGUUGUCAACCGCCACCUACUGAAGGACCCCAACAUCACAGAAGUAAGGAAGUCGUAUCGUGUGAGCAUCACAACGAGAAAUCUGUUGCCGCGCUGCAACCAUCAACCCACGCGGGCCGAAUACGCUAUGAAACGGUCGUGGUAUGUGUACAAUCAUCUACCUGUACCGGAGCCACUGGUGACCCCCGCUCCAAUGCUGCCGCCGUUACCAUUUUCUGCGGGACCAACCGCAGCGUCAACGCCAACCACUACCAGAACAACAACAAUAACUGGGAGAAUGCAGGAGGAUAAAGGUAACUCAGUGGCCGCAUUGACCAAUGAGAACUCAGGUGGAAAUUUUUCGGAGCUUGAAAAAAAGCUGGAUGCCGUACUCGCUCAACAAAGUGCUCUUGUGCAGCAGGUGGGCGAGAUCCGUCAGAUGAUGGCAAACGAGGCAACGUUCCGUAAUGAAGUGUCCACAGUGCUGAACCACCUUUCAUCCACGGUGCUGGAUAUCGAUGGCAAGCUGGAUAAGAGGGAGGAGCAGGGGGCGAGCAGCAAGUAG